AUCUGCCUUGUUUUGGUCAGUAUAUGUCUGUUCCAUGCUUCUUGGGUUGCUACUAUCUGGGUUUGUGUUUGGAGGUGUUGUUAUGCGAUGCCUGGUUGAGAAGCCUAUACAGAUUUCAACUAACCUCAAUUUCGACUACACGAAAAGUAGUCCAGUUGCUUACAUGCCAUUAAUGUCUUCUGCUAGUUUUGGCAAUCCUCAACAUUAUAUACAGCAAAUUGAUGAGAAGAUUGUUAGUACUCAUACAAUUCCUUAUAAUCACAAGCUGCAGCUUACUGUCUCAUUAACAGUACCCGAAUCUGAGUAUAACAGAAAACUUGGUGUUUUCCAGGUUAGGGUAGAGUUCCUGUCUGCAAAUGGUAAAGUUACUGCAAGCUCAAGCUUUCCCUGCAUGCUGCAGUUCAAGAGCCAUGCUAUCCGUUUUGCAGAAACCAUUAUCAGAAGCGUUCCUCUGCUAGCCGGUCUGCAAUCAGAAUCCCAGAUCCUGAACAUUAAAAUGAAUGAAUUCAGGGAAGGACUUGAACCUACAGCAUGCUUGAAGGUGAUCCUGGAACAGCGAGCCGAGUACAGACCUGGUGCAGGAAUACCUGAAAUAUAUGCUGCAUCACUAACUCUUGAAUCUGAACUUCCUCCAUUGAAAAGGAUUAUUUGGAAUUGGAGGAUAACAAUGUUUGUUUGGGCUAGUCUUUUUUGGUUCCUAACAGAACUGCUACUCAUUUUACUAUGCUAUAGACCUAUGAUUAUGCCAGGAGGAAGCCAAAUACUUGUUCAUGGGAAAAAAGGAUCUCAUUUUAAGUUCAUCUCUUGGAAAUAAAUGCAG